AUGUACGAGAUUGACAAAUAUCACAGCUCGUUUGAAGCAACAGAACAUUUUGGUAUUCAAAGAGUCACCGGGAUAAUUCGUUGUAUUGCAACAAAACCAACCAAUUUGAGGUCACCUGUGCUACUUUCCGUCUUGGUCUCUGAUGACAGUGGUAGAUACAGCAAGAAAGCUAUUUCUGUAAAUAUUAUCUUUAAAAAUUCUUCUUCAACGCUCAAAAGUGUGACUUGUGUACUUACUGAAACCUUACAUUCGUCAUUAUCUACUAUUAAUUCUUCAUCACACACGAAUUCGACUAGAUUUUCUUCAAUCAAGUUUGAGGAUGCUCCACGCAUUUUAAACCCCCGUUUCUUUAUGCUUAGAGAUGUUAAAAAAUCGCCCUUCUAUGUAGAGUCAGAGACUGGUAUUAUAUAUUCAAAAAGAGCUCCAGAAUGCAAAAAUAUUAAACUGGGGUUACUUAUAGAAUCAAAUGAAUUAUUGCCUUCUGGUGAAAAUGAAUAUUUUGGAUGCAACCUCUUUCUUUCUUGCAAUAUUACACAAAAAACAUCUGAAAUUUUGGUAGGCUUUCUGGUGCCAACUUCAGAUGUUAAUAGAACUUUGAUACGACAAGUGUAUUUCAGCAACGAACAUGGACUACCGGACUAUAUAUUUACUAUACCACCUGAUGCCCCCGUCGGUUUUUUGGUUGGAACUUUACAUGCCUAUGGAAGCAAAGAUAUUAAUCUUGAAUUUAAAAAACUCAAUGAAAAUCAAGCUUAUCCAUGUUUACAUUUAAAUGCUGAGUCUGGGAAUAUCCGUUUGUGGUGCCCAGUGAAAGAAGUUUGGCACAAAUUUCCAAUUGAAUUCCUAGUGGGCCUUGUUGUCAAUGGAGCAUUAUCAAAACUCAAGGGAACACAGGUUUUAGUACGGAUUUUGAGGGAGAACACAAAUUUUUCCGAAAAUUUGCCUUCUUUUCCUGUCUUCUCUGCUUCUGAAUAUCAUUUUUAUGUACAUGAGUUUGAUGCCUUACCGAAUCAUAUUGUUGGCCGGCUGCUUGCUGUCGAUGCGGAUACAAGGAAAGCUCUUUUACCAAGUGCAUGGAUUACUUUCGGCAGAAGCGAAUCCAGAGAUUCUCAUUCAAUAAAUCCUGAGUCAAAGGAGUUUACUUCAAAAAUUGGAAUUUUUCCAGAUGGAACUGUUUUUAUUGAUUCUUCACAACCUUUAGAUCGUGAGCGUAGUGCGUAUUUGGUUUCUUUUGCCUUUCUUAACUUUUCUCAUCCAGGUUCCAGUCCCAUUCUUCACUAUUGUCGAAUCAUACUUUAUAUUCUUGACGACAAUGAUAAUGAACCUGUUUUUAUUCAGAGCUCAUAUACAUUUGAAUUGGCUGAGAAGGCAAAAAUUUCUGAAGUAUUUGGGCGUAUUUUCGCAAUAGACGCGGAUCAAGGUCUAAAUAGUCUUAUAACAUAUCAAAUUAUGUUAACUAACUUGCACGAUGAAAGCCACAUUCUUCCAUACAUAGAGUUAGAUCCAUUGACAGGGGAGUUUUACACCUUAGCCCCCAUAGACCGGGAGUCACUUGUAACUAUUCCAGGGGUCCACCUUUAUAAAGAAGAUCCUUUAUUUAAUCUUACUAUUGUUGUCUUGGACAGUGGAACCCCUCGAUUGAGCAGCUCAGCUAUAGUGACAAUAAUCAUCAAGGAUGUCAAUGACAACCCACCUAGCUUCUCUUCCUCAGUCUAUUAUGCCAAAGCCCUUUUGAAUGAUUUUAGUCAGUCAACAAAUGACACUUUUAUCGUGCUUGGUCCCGAAUAUUUGAAGGUUUCUGAUCCUGACUCAUCGAAGCUUACAAACCUGCACUUUGGUAUAACUUCUGUAAUUUGCGAGACUUCUCACAAUUUGGACAUUAACUUUAGUAUUGAGGAGACCACCGGUGCCCUUUCUAUUAGUUUUGGAUCUGGGCUAAGUUCUAAUGUGCUUUCCCAUAGUGUUUACUAUCAUCUGUUGAUAUUUGUCACUGAUCGCACGGACAAUCAAGGACUUGCUUCUCAUAGUGAAGUUAUCAUCGAGCUUGAGACAUUAGACGAAGCUUAUCUUAGUCACACUUUUCAAGCAGCUCCGUGGAGGGGAAGCGAGAACGGAAUCCGGAUCACACAGCUAAGCGAAUUCAAUUUCUCAAUAGUUGUAAAUAUCGACUACUUUGCUAUGGGCUCAAUACUGUUCAGUUUCACUUCUGCCUCCAAAAGCCGUCAUAUGAACAAGCACAUUGUUGCAGAAACACAUUAUCAUCUUCAAACCGGAAUUAUGGACGACUUUCUAGCCUUGGAUAGCAAAUGGGGCUUUAUCUACCUGCGGCGCCCUGUUAGCACGGAGCAUUUGAAUGUAAUAUUAACUUGGGAGCUCAAGGCAUCUACUGUUUUGCCUUGGUCGGGUUUCCAUGCAGUGAAUGAGACGAUUUGGGUUUCUUUCCUGUUUUACUCAAAUCAGUAUAGACGACCGACUCUUAUUCUACAACCAGAGGAAUAUCUGAGUCAUGUUUUGCUUCUUAAUUGUGAUACAUUAGGGGAUGAUCAGCGGCAAAUAAUAGGCAAACCGAUUGGAUUGAGGUUAAAAGAUGGAACAUCCCACAAACCUGCUCUACAGUUUAAAACAAGCUUCCAUGUGCCAGCUUCUACUCAUUCUCUGGUGCGCUUGAAUAGUAGUACCGGAUUCUUCGAGGCCUUGGAAGUCGGAUGUGCACUUCAGACAAGAAAAUUGGUGUCACAAGCAAGUAAGAGGGGUGAGGCCAUCUUGGAAUUGGAUGAAAUGGACGAACUAAUGUAUAAUGAUUUGAAGGAUAAUAAAGGGGAACUCAUCACUAUCGGUGCCUACGCAUGCCUUGAUGACUCCUACUGUACCCCUCUACGGCGUAUUGAUAUCCUCAUGAUACAUAGGUCAUCAAAUAAAGGGGCACCUUGUCGGCACACUGAAACAGCUCCCCUUGUCUGUCCUUCGCAAACAGUCAUGCUUCUAGACUCUCUCAGUCUCUUCACUGCCACCGACGUUGCUGGUGCACAGCUUGACCCCUUCAGUCUUAACUGGUCGUUACCAUUUCGUUUGGCCCGCCUUGAUGGUCUACCGUUAUCCGCACUGCAACGCGAACCCCCUCCAGUUGGUGGCUACCGAUGGAGCCGAACUGAAACUGGGGGGGCAGAAACCGAAAUACAGACCGAUUGGGAAGGUGCUUCUACGGAUAUUCUUGUGCAUCCUAGCAGCGGCCUGCUCGAACUACUUAACGUAUACAGACUUGCCGAGUUAGUCACACGGCAGAGGAGCAUUCUUGAUCUACCUCUUGAAGUUGUAGAAGCUGGAGUUGCAUCGAGAAGGCCACAAUUCUGCCCUAUCCGACUGGUUGUCCCACCUCUGUGCAGUCUACCACAUUUGGUCAAUAAGCCAGCGUUGCUGCAGCCAAAACAAAGAAGCUAUUUGGCUAAAGUAAGAUUAUUUUAUCUUUAG